AUGGCUAAACUUGUAGGAAGCGGCACAGGUGAGAUGAAAGAAUCAAAAGCUGAACACGUCAACCUUAUCAUCUACCUGAGUCUGGGAGUCUCGCUGUUUGUUCUUCUGUGUGUUGCCGUCAUGUUUGCCGUCAAACUCUGGAUAACCCGUCACCAUGUAAAGGGAAACAAUCGUGCUAAGUCACCCGACCCUCAAGAGAAGACAACCGGGGUAAAACGGGCUAAAGUCUCUCCCCAAACCAAGGGAGAAAACCCAUACUACUCCGAGAUUCCAGAGAGAGCCCUGAGUAAAGUCCUCCCACACAACGAGGAUGUAUACGCCCAUAUACAAAAGCCCGUCAAAAGUGUCUUUGAUCCCCCUCAAGUAAAAACACAGCCAAACUUUUAUGUACGUGACUGGGGACAUGUACAGGAGAAUUUCUAUCAUGAGAUUCCUGAAGUGAAAGGAAAAUUACCAUAUGACAGAGACACACUUUUAGAAUAUUAGGGGAUAUCACAUAAACAUACAGUUUUAAUAAAAUAUUAAAAAUAUUUUCUUAUGAAAUGGAUAUUACCAACAUAUAUACAUUUAUGUUGUUUUAUUGUAUGCUAUUUUUACCUUAUCUGUACACAUUUUUAUUAACGUGGGAUUUUUGUU